AUGAACUCUCCUGGUAAACUCAUUGAUAUAGAUAGUCCACUGAUCAACUCCUUUAACUCUUCACAGUCAGAAGAUAAUGCCUUAACCUCGAUCAACGCAAUUUUAGACUUAAGACUACCAACGUUCGGCGUUAAUAAUCCAAGAAUCUGGUUUGCACAAAUCGAAGCUUUGUUCAUGGCUAGAGGUAUAAAAUCUCAGGCAACAAAGUAUGCUUAUGUAGUUGGGGCACUCCCUAUCGAGAUUGCUGCGGAAGUCGGAGAUUUAAUCGAUCACGUGCCAGAAGCUGAACCUUAUGAUAAAUUAAAGACAGCCGUAAUCCAACGCACCUCGGUUUCAGAUGAGAGAAGACUGCAGCAAUUGCUAACUUCUUGCGAAUUGGGGGACAAGAGACCCUCGCAAUUACUCCGACAUAUGAAACACUUAGCAGGGCCAUAUAAGGUAGACGAUGCAUUGCUUAAACAGAUGUGGUUUCAACGUUUACCACAGAAUGUCACCCAAAUUCUCAGCAUAUCAGGAACUUCCGUCAAUCUCGACGAUCUAGCUGAUAUGGCUGACAAAAUGAUGGAGAUUUAUCCCGACAGCCAACGUUUGAAUGUACUACAGACCUCUAGUGGAGACACGAUUAGCCCAUCUAACAGCAUCCAACAACAAAUAACACAGUUAACACAACAGCUAGCAGCACUACAAGCGACUAUUUCUACCAUACAUUCUCGACCUGCCAGAUCUAGGUCCAGAAGGAGAUCAGUAUCCAGACCUCGUCUUAGGUCACCCAAACGGACAUCAGAUACUUGCUGGUAUCACGCGACUUUCGGGGAGAAGGCACGCCGUUGCACUAAACCAUGCAACUUUAAAAUAAGCAACUCAAAGGACCAGGGAAACGAGACGGCCAGACAGUGA